AUGGCAACCCCCUCACCCGUCCACAGCGUGCUGCCCGCAUCGCCAAUUUCGCAUCAUGAUAUCCCGAGGAUGCAAUAUCGAAGCCGUCCCGUAUCCGUCGCUGUAGAGCCCGUUUCACUGGUCAUAUCGGAAUGUAUAGCGAUCACCUCAGCUAUUCAAAAGCAUGCGCGCUCUUCCCAUUUCUCCGUCUCUGCCAUUCUUGGCGGAAAUCCCAAUACUAUACAAUUCGGAUCCCCUAAACAGCAACCCCAGUCGCGAAACCGAAGUGUUGGAGGUCCCUUUGGAGACGGUGAUCAGGAUGAAGCGACGAGCAAUCGCUGGAGCUUUCAGGGUCAGAGGGCGAAGGGCUUGCAGGAUAGCCCCAUGAUCGCAGGAUUCGGCAAGCUUCGCCAGGAGAUUACGGGUGUUAAGAAUAUUCACUCAUUUGAUGCCCUGACGCUCUUGACCCCAUUUCUCUUUGUAAUUCAAGAGAAAGGAACUGCGGCACCGAUCACGAUACUAGCUCUGGGCGCAUUGAGGAAAUUCCUUGCUUAUGGGUUUAUCGCUUCUGAGUCUCCUCGCUUUGCACUGGCUAUGCAAUCGCUCUCCGCCGCUGUUACACACUGUCAAUUCGAUAUAAGUGAUUCGGCCCAAGGCGAAGUUGUGCUGCUCAUGAUUCUCAACCUGAUGGAGGACAUGAUGUCUGGACCAGGAGGCUACAUAUUAAGCGACGAGAGUCCCCGGUUCUCGCCUGUCUUGAGGAGAACAGCCGAAGCUGUCCUAGUCAGAAUGUGUCAGAUCAUAUUCGAGGAUAUCAAACAUCUCGAGGUCGAGGCCGGGGACGAUUCUUCUGUCAUGGAUCAGUUGGCUGAUCAACACAUGGAAAAUGUAAAGAUGGACACUACGGCUGGCAGUACUGUUGCGGAACCGCUUGUCCCUGCCCCUACUGGAGACGAGUCUGCUCCGGAAACUUCAGAUAAGGUUGGCAGUGAGAAGGCGGAAGAAGGAUCUGAAAAUAUCCACCCCGUCGAAGAAAAUGAAAGCGACACAGAGUCAUUGGAUCUUCGGCCAUACUCGCUACCUUCCGUUAGAGAGCUAUUUCGAGUUUUGGUCAACUUCCUGGAUCCCAAUGAUCGCCAUCAUACCGAUACAAUGAGAGUGGUGGCUUUGCGGAUAAUACAUGUUGCCUUGGAGGUGGCUGGCUCUUUCAUAGCACGCCAUCCUGCUUUGGCAACCAUUGCCAAAGAUCAGCUAUGCUGUUACCUCUUUCAACUUGUCCGAUCCGACAAUAUGGCUAUUUUACAAGAAUCGUUAACGGUCACGGGAACGCUACUCGCAACCUGCAGAGGCGUCCUCAAGCUCCAGCAGGAACUCUACUUAUCGUAUUUGGUAGCAUGCCUUCACCCGACAAUUCACAUCCCUCGCGAAGCUGGUAUUGACCCCUCACUGUACGCUGGUAUACCAGAGACGCCAAAGCUAGUCAAGCCACCGCCAUCGCAAUCUAAUAGCGGACGGUCAACUCCUGUUCCUGUUAAAGACCGACAAAAACUCGGGUUGGAAGGGGGUGCGCGUAAACCCGAUGCUAGGCAAGCAAUGGUAGAAGCUAUUGGUGUUCUAUCUAGGAUGCCAACAUUCGCUGUUGAGUUGUUUGUGAAUUAUGACUGUGACGAAAAUAGGUCGGACUUGUGUGAAGACGUGAUUGGGUUACUUUCGCGUAACGCAUUACCGGACUCAGCAACAUGGAGUACUACAAGUGUUCCGCCUCUCUGCCUAGACGCUCUCCUGCGAUUUAUUCAGUUUAUGGCUGAGAGAGUGCAUGAUGACCCUGUCUAUGAAAAUUUUCCGGAUCCCGAGAUGUUGAGAGAGAAAAGACGACGGAAGAAAAUUAUUAUCAAAGGGACGAGCAAAUUUAACGAGAAGCCAAAGUUGGGACUGAGCUAUCUUGAAGCGAACAAUAUCAUUACUGAUGUUGGGGAUCCUGUUGCAGUGGCUAAAUUCCUCAAAGGAACAUCGCGAAUAUCGAAGGCAGUUCUCGGAGAUUUCCUAUCGAAAAAGGGAAAUGAAGCUAUCCUGGGAGCCUUCCUGGAGUUGUUCGAUUUCUCUGGCAAACGAAUUGACCAGGCCUUGAGAGUGAUGUUGGAAUCUUUCCGAUUGCCGGGUGAAGCACCCCUGAUCGCAGCAGUAGUCGAGUCUUUUUCCGAGAAAUACUGCGACUGCAAUACGCUCUCUGAGGUGGCAAACAAGGACGCUGUUUUCAUUUUAACAUAUGCUAUUAUCAUUCUAAACACUGACCAGCACAACCCAAAUGUGAAAUCCAUGAAGAGGAUGACCCUCAACGACUUCUCCAGAAACUUACGAGGGCAAAAUAACGGCCAAGAUUUUUCGCCAGAUUAUCUGAAGGAUAUUUACGAAUGCAUUAAGUCGAACGAGAUCAUAUUGCCUGAUGAACACGAUAAUCAGCACGCGUUCGAUUAUGCCUGGAGGGAGCUUCUUUUGAAAUCUGAGACGGCGGGCCAUCUAUACACUUGCGAUACCAACAUUUAUGACGGCGAUAUGUUUGCGGCAACCUGGAAGCCGAUUGUCUCUACCCUAUCGUAUGUCUUCAUGUCUGCGACGGAUGAUGCCGUUUUCGCCCGGAUUGUAACUGGGUUUGAUGAAUGUGCUCGCAUUGCAACCAAGUAUGGCAAUGUUGAGGCACUUGAUCAGAUCGUUUACUGCCUUAGCCACAUCACUACAUUGGCUACUCGCGUGCCGUUUAAUACGACUCUGAACACUGAAGUCCAGGUUGGGGACGGCAGAGUCAUGGUUAGUGAGCUUGCUGUAAAACUUGGCAGAGACUUUCGUGCUCAGCUUGCAGUGCUCGUGCUGUUCCGGGUCGUCAUUGGCAGCGAGGCUCUUAUUCACCACGGGUGGAAACAUAUCAUUCAGAUAUGGACUCAUCUGUUUUUGAACUCACUGGCACCGCCCCUUUCUUCGACAGAUCUUCCAACUCUACCAAUUCCAGCCAUUCCUUUGCAGACUCCCUCACAAGUCAUAGAUAGGGCUGCAAGGUCUAACGAUAUUGGAUUCUUUUCUGCAUUCACAUCGUACAUCUCUAGCUAUGCUGCAGACGACCCCCCGGAGCCAUCAGACGAGGAACUAGAGAGUACACUGUGUACUGUUGACUGUAUUAACUCGUGUAAUAUUGACAAAGUUUUGAACAACAUCUCCAAACUACCCCCGGCUCGCAUUGACAUAUUAGUUCAGGCAUUGCUGGAACAAUUGCCACAGAGUGACCACUCAUCUGUCAUUGGUGUAAAGCAGGACAAUGUGACAAUCGUACCUCCUAAUGGGUCAAUAUCGCCAUCAGGUCUACCGACUUACGACCCCUCUACCCCUUUUAUUCUUGAGCUCUGUACCAUUUUGACUAUCCGAGACGAUGAAUGCGCCACAAACACCGCAAAGCAAGUACUCGACGCUGUCCAUGGCAUUUUGCGCGAUCACAGCCAGUGGCACGGUAUCACCGUCUCUCGGGCAGCGUUUUAUGGCCUCAUGAUACUGAAGUCGGGCUACGAUCAUGAUUUUGUGAAUGUACCAAUUUUCCUUCAUACCAUCUCUAGCCUACCACAGGAUUUACUGCUAAAGACGGCGGAUAUUAUACUCUCUGGGCUCUCGAUUUGCACGCGUGACCCAGGCCCUCUGAGAAGUGAGAUGAUGACCUCGCCUGAUUUCUGGGUCAUUUUACGGGUGGUAGCGGGAGACGCCAAUGCUGCGGCCCAAAUAUUCGAUAUCUUGGAGAGAAGCACAACCGGAACGCCCCCAGCAAUCAUGGCCGACAACUACGAGGCAGCAAUCUCACUCUUGAAUCAUUUUGCAUCGACAGCUGAUCCUCUGUCUUCUCGCGAUUCUAAGGUGCAGGAGUCGACGAAGAAAGAUGCUGAGGCCCAAGUGAUAGCAAGAGGCUGCCAAGCCGUCAAUACCUUGCAUGGUAUGACGUCUCGAAUCCCACAGCUUAUGCAACAGUCUCAUCUAGAGAGUAGCGAGGCGUGGUCGGCCUAUUGGUUACCAAUUCUUCAAGCACUUACGACACAAUGUACCAACUCUUGUCGUGAUGUUCGCCAGCUUGCAUUCUCGGCUCUUCAAAGGUCGCUACUCUCCCCCGAGCUCACCUGUAGCGAUCCGAAAGAAUGGACAGCAAUAUUUAGCAAAGUUCUGUUCCCUCUGAUUUUUAGACUUUUGAAACCGGAAGUCUUUUCCUCUGAUCGGGACGGGAUGAGCGAAAUGCGUGUUCAAGUAGCAUCUCUCCUCUGCAAAGUGUUUUUGCAGUACAUGGUUCUAUUAUCCGAGUGGGACGGCAUGCUGGACCUUUGGAUUAAGAUCAUUGAGAUCAUGGAUCGCCUCAUGAACAGCGGACAAGGCGACAGCUUAGCGGAGGCAGUACGUGAAAACCUGAAAAACGUUGUUUUGUUUAUGGCGACCAGCGGCUACCUAGUUUCUCCUGACAAAGACCCAUCGAGAAAGAAGCUCUGGGAUGAAACGUGGGAGAGGGUAAAUAGGUUCUUACCAGACUUGCGGAAUGAUAUUCUCAAUGAGGAAACCCCCGAGUCUACUGACACUAAAGAGUCUACUGAUACUAAAGACGGCGAAGAGAAAUAG